CACCCACCCAGUCAGUCUCCUUCCAGCAGGUGCAGCCAGGAGGUCACCCUGGGCUUCUCUCCACAGAUGGGAAGCAGAACCAUGCUGUGUCCCCUUGCCUUCCUGUGCGCCCUCCUGUUUCCUGGCAGCUGGGCAGCGAUCAGCCUGGAGCAGCCCUCUAUGGUCGUGGCGCAGGCAGGCCGCUCAGCCACUCUGUGGUGCAAAGCCAGCACCAAGGUCAGCUACAUCCACUGGUACCACCACCAGGAAGGUGCAGCCCCCAAGAGGCUCCUCAGACUGGACAUGUCCGGAAAGUUUGUGCAGAGAGAUGGGGGCCUGAAAGCGGACAAAGUCAAUGCCAAGAGGGGCAAGGGUAGCAACAGCUGUGACCUGUCCGUGCUGAAGCUGGAGAAGAGCGACGAGGGCGUGUACUACUGUGCUGCCUGGGAAGCUCACAGCUGCACACAGUGGGCUGGGUAUGGCUGGGGCCGCAAAGUGUUCGGUGCUGGCACACUGCUCAGGGUCACAGCUAAAAGCCCUGAUGAAGACACUUCUCCCAAGCCCACGAUUUUUCUUCCUUCAAUUGUUGAAAGAAAACUCCACAAGGCUGGAACAUACCUUUGUCUUCUUGAGGAUUUUUUCCCUGAUGUUAUCAAGAUAGAUUGGAAAGAGAAAAAUGGCAGAGUAAUAUUGAAAUCCCAGCAGGGAGACACCAUGAAGACUAAUGACACAUACAUGAAAUACACCUGGCUGACCGUGAGAGAAGAGUCAAUGGGUAAAGAACACAAAUGUAUCAUCAAACACGAGAAGAAUAAAGGAGGGGUUGAUCAAGAGAUUCUUUUUCCUUCAAUAAACACAGCAGAUUUGGUGACGGGAUCCAAAGUGGGCUUCCAGAAGGAAUCAGAGACAAGUAGAAACACAAGGCCAGUAACUGUGAGCCCUUCAAGUACACUGUCUACAUCACCAUUUUCAAGUGCCGCGGAGCUCACUGCUGUUAACUCUACAGAAGCUUCUUUGAAAGACGAAAAUGACCCCCUAUGGCUGCAGCUUGCGAACACCUCUGCCUACUACACCUACGUCAUCCUCCUCGUCAAGAGCAUGGUCUAUACCAUCAUCAUCACCUACUGUCUGCUUGGGAGACCAGCACUCUGCCGCAAUGAGAAGAGUUGUAACACAUGGUGGCCCAAGGCUCCACUUUUCUUUACUGGCUAUUGUCGCUAAAGGUGUCUGCUGAGGCUCUAGUGGGGCUUUCUUUCUGGGUGUGGGUUAUUGCAGUUCACAUGUGUCUUUUUUCUAUGUGUCAUCACUGCAGAAUGGGUUUACAAACCGCCGGGCAAACAGGAAGUGUCACUCUGCACCAAGAACAGACUCUGCCGUGACUCAGGGGUGGGGCCGGGGGGCACCCACGGGGGCUUCAGCACCGCUCUCUCCUUCACGCCCACCAGCCCGUCAGCCACCCAGCACUCUCGCCUCUGAGUACACUUGGCGUGCAGCUUCUAUAGCUGCCCCUGGGGCUCUGUAUCCAGAUAACUGCCUGGAGGCCUUUUAUUUUACAUUUCUGGAAGCUGCCAUCUUUGCUACCUGAGUUUUGUUCUGUUGUUCAUAACAGGCAUAAUAAAAAUAAUCAAAAGUGUA